UAUCUCUCAUUCUCAUUCUCAUUCUCAUCUCCUCCAAACCCCUUCUUCUUUGCCUCAAGAAUCUCAUUAAUUGAUUCUUCGUUUUCUUCAUAUAUAUGUAUAAAGUGAAAACACAGGGGUAAUCUCAUCAUAAACCCGUUUCAAGAUCUUCUAAUGCUUACAUAGAUCCAUCGCUCGUCGUGUUUUUCAGGGUCUUUGAAGAACUUGUGUUUCAUAAACCGUUGUUAGUUCUAAUGCAAGGGCAGAAGGGCGGUAGUAUUGGUUCUUUACCAGAAACCUUAGGCUUGGAACAUGGUUAUACUUCAAGUGAAUCUUCAAGUGUAGUCGAGCAGCAAAUUUGCUGGAAUAACUACAUACGGAAUCCUCCAGCAAACUAUAUCUCGCCUACUAAUACAAGUGAUAUGCAUACAAAUCAAGAAAGUCAAAAUGUAAGCAUGUGGACCAUGGGUGAAUCCAGUUCCAGUUCUGUGCCGAACCAGACUACUGCUCCUCAUAAUGUUACUGUGAAUCCAUCGACUUCUAUUGGCAUCAAGCCUUCAAAUCAUGCCGAAACUUAUGUGGGUUCAAAUACUACUAGUUCUACUUCUUUUUCCAACCCUUUGGGACGACAAUUACAAUUACCCUCUAAAAGAAAAGCAGUGGAAUUGGGUCAGGGAUCGUCUUCCGGGGUCGGAAGUUCAAGCAUGUUUCAGCGGCCCGAGGGGAGUACGAGUAUUUGGCGUUCGGUUACGGAACGUUCGCCACCGGUUAAUGUAAUGCAUUCGGAUCAGAUUAUUCCGAGACUUGGAUUGGGUGUUCCUUCUGAUAAUCAUGCGGUGGAAAACACUAGUCGUAGAAACGUUCGAAUAAGGAUUAAUGCUUCCCGCCAACAAGAUCCAUUGCCAUUGCCGGCUACUAAUAAUAGUAAUUUGCAAUCGAAUCUUUCGGCUCCGUUUCCCUCUUUGAGACUUAAUCCAGUAGAUUUAAGAUCAUCACCACCGGUGGCAACAACGGUAGAGAAUUCAUCAAGUCAACCUACAUUGCAGCUCCCGGCAUUGAGAAGGAAUUUGCAAGUAUCGUCUAGGUGGAGUAGGAGUUUAGGCUCCUCGAGAGCUAAUCGUCCGGCGAAUAUUGAUAUUUCGGGAGAUUACAUUAGAACAAAUAUUUCGGAUCAUCCUAUAUUUGUUCAGCCAAAUGACAUUAGAAAUGCUGCAAUUAACUGGAGUUUGAAUGGCGGUGGAGGGAUUGUAGGCAACAAUGGAAACGGUGAUGCUGCCUCUACUAGAACCCGCUCGAACUCUGUGCCGGCUGCAUCAUCCAAUUUGGGUCCACAUCGUAGUUCUCCUUCUAGAAGACUCUCGGAAAUUAUUCGUCAGUCUUUAUUGUCCUCCUCCAUAGAUUCCGGUGGUGGUGGAGGGCAAGGCAGUAAUCUUCUCUCUAGAAUCCCACCGGCUGCAGGUACUCCGUCACAAGUUGGUCGUCAUCAUCAUCUACCUCACCCGAGAUCCUCAGAGAGACAGCUUGAUGGUGCUUUCGGAUUCCCCUAUCUGGCACGAUCAGGGGCUGCUGGAAGUGAAGGAAGAGGCAGACUAGUGUCCGAGAUUCGCAAUGUCUUGGAUCUUAUACGCAGAGGAGAAGGUUUGCGAUUUGAGGAUGUUAUGAUCCUAGAUCAAUCGGUCUUUUAUGGGAUGGGUGAUAGGCACAGAGAUAUGCGGCUUGAUAUCGAUAACAUGUCUUAUGAGGAGCUACUGGCGUUAGAAGAGCGCAUUGGAAGCGUCAACACUGGAUUGACCGAAGAAACCAUUUCCGGAUGUCUUAAGCAGAAAACUUAUGCCACCGUGCCAGAUGCUGAACCGUGCUGUAUAUGCCAGGAGGACUACAAGAAUGGAGAUGAUAUAGGAGGAUUGGAAUGUGGGCAUGAUUUCCACAGAAGCUGUAUUAAGAAAUGGUUGGUUCAGAAGAACUUGUGCCCGGUUUGCAAGUCGGCCGCGAUUGCUGCUACUGCUACUGCUACUGCUGCUGCUGCUGAAUGAGAGAGAGCUACUGCUACUGCUACUGCUACUGCUACUGCUGAAUGAGAGGACAAUUGUUUCAUCAAAAUAUGAAAGAAAAACAAGGUAAGAUGGGUUUUUGAGGCAGACAAUAAAGGAGACAGGGGUCAUGUCUGAAUGAAAGGUAGAAAGAAGUAAUGGCGUUUAUUUAACUUGUUAUCAAGAUUUUGUUUUAAUUUUAUCCUCAUGGAGUGAAUGAUUAAUUGAAUUUUUGGUGAAAUGGGCAUAUUUUUCCAUAGAAUGGUAUGAGAUUACUUAUAAGAUGAAUGAAUGCAGCUUGCUUGUUGGUUUGCACC